AAUAUUUAUUAUUUAUUGUGGUAGUAUCAGAAACAUUAUAGAACAAUGAGUUAUGUGAGAAAUGUAAAGGAUAUCUUACUUCAUGAAGAGAUGACGAAAGAAGGAGAAAAAUUAUCGUACUGUUGUGAUAUCUGCAAAAAGUCUUUCUCUCAGAGAGGGAACCUAACUACUCAUAAAUGCAUUUCUACUGGAGAGAAACAAUAUCACUGUGAUAUUUGUGGUAAAACAUUCCCUGGAUUUAGUAAUUUAACUACACACAAACACAUUCACACUGGUGAGAAGCCAUAUCACUGUGAUGUCUGUGGCAAGUCAUUCUCUCAAAAAUGUAACUUAACUACUCACACACGUAUUCAUUCAGGUAUGAAACCAUAUCACUGUGAUAUCUGUGGUAAAUCAUUCACUCAAAAAGGUAGCUUAACUAUUCACAAACGUCUGCAUACAGGUGAUAAACCAUAUUGCUGUGAUAUCUGUGGAAAGUCAUUCACUGAAAAAGGUAGCUUAACUGCUCACAAACGUCUGCAUACAGGUGAGAAACCAUAUCACUGUGAUAUCUGUGGUAAAUCAUUCACUCAAAAAGGUAGCUUAACUAAACACAAACACAUUCACACAGGUGAGAAACCAUAUCACUGCGAUAUCUGUGGCAAGUCAUUCACUGAAAAAGGUAGCUUAGCUACUCAGGUACGUUUGCAUACAGGUGAGAAACCAUAUCUGUGGUAGAUCAUUUGCUCUGAAUGAUACUUUAAUUAAACACAAACUCAUCCAUAGAGGAGAGGAAACACAUCCUUGACAUCAUCAUCAUUUUC